CAGUUAAUGUUUGACAAGUUCCAGUCACUGGCUUGGCCUAGUACUGAUCCUCCAGUCUUCCUAUAUCCAAGGAGUGAAGGAAAGUUACCGGAUCACCCAGGAACACACUGGAGAGACUAGGUCUGGUUCUGAUUGAUUCCCACCUUCCAGGAGAGACGGUUAAAGACUGGGUCUGGUUAUGAAUGAUCCUCAAGCAUUUUUUCAGUCUUAUUGUCUCCCAGGAGUUUAGAGGAGAGGCUCAAGCUCCAGGCUCUGUUUGGAAUAUAGGUGAGAGACUUGGUCUGGUGCAGAGGAAAGGUUGGUUCUGAUUCUAGCUGAUCCUUAAACAAAUGUCUGGGAUUCCUAUCUCAUAGGACUACAAGACUAGUGACUGCAUUUGCUUUAAUAGAUUCUCAAGCAAAUUUCUGGACUUCCAAUCUUGUAGGAGUGCAGAGAAGAGAUUAGUUCUGCUUCUGAUAUAGACACAACCACGAUUCUGGAUUUUUCUCCCUGCAUGAGCAGUUGCAAACCAACACAAUAGCAGUUCCCACUGUAAAACAAUGGUAUGCCCUCACUUCCAGCCUAAAUUGCACCUAAAAUUUCCAGGCCCAAGCAGCACUGUACUAGCCGAACCCUGGCUGGAAUGAGGCUGAGCCUGCUUUUGAUUGGUGCUCAAGAAAAUCCCAGAAUAAACAACUGCUUUAGCUGAGAGACUGGAGUCUGCUUGGCUUUGUGUUUGACCUUAAGCUAACACUCUAGUUAGCAUCUAGAUGGUAAUUAUAGCCUAAAUCAGGGACUGCACUACCUUACAGAGUCAGGGUGGACAUGGCAGAAACAGAUACAUGCGAUCUUCUUAUUGACCACUCUCAUGUCCCAGAUUUUGAGGUCAGAUUGGCUGUGAAGAUCGCUCUGACUGUCUUCUAUGCCUUCAUUCUGCUGGCUGGUGUUCUAGGGAACAGUGUCACCAUCAGGACCACCAAAGUCCUGCGGGAUAAAGGCUAUCUGCAGAAGGGAGUGACCGAUCAUAUGAUCAGCCUGGCCUGCUCAGAUCUACUGGUCCUCCUGCUGGGGAUGCCGGUAGAGCUUUACUCAGUCAUCUGGUUCCCCUUCUCCUCUAACUAUGGGAGCAUCACCUGCAAAAUCUACUCAUUUCUUUUUGAGACCUGCAGCUAUGCCACCAUCUUCCAUGUGGCUACCCUGAGCUUUGAAAGAUUUGUGGCCAUCUGCUAUCCCUUCCGCUUCAAAGUGAUCUCAGGCUCUCGGGCAGUAAAGUUGAUGAUUGGCUUUGCCUGGAUCACAUCAAUCUGCGUCGCUUUGCCUCUAAUUUUUGCAAUGGGGGCAGAGUAUCCACUGAAUCCAACAGAAGGCCACAAGAGACACUUUAUCUGCAACAGGACUGCGCCUUACGCUCCCAGGCAAAAUGUCACCCUGUGCACCAAUCUGUCUAACCGAUGGGUGGUUUUCCAGUCCAGUAUUUUCAGUGGCUUCAUUGUCUACAUCCUGGUGCUGGGCUCAGUGGCCUUCAUGUGCCGCAAAAUGAUGAUCACCAUUAUGGCCACAAAAAAGGGGACUGUGGUUGUCAGGGGCCAGCAUGAAACUAACAUGGCCAGUGAAAUGACUAAAAGCAGCAGUCCUGAAGCCAAGACAGCCAGGAAGCAAACUAUUGUGUUUCUGGGGCUCAUUGUUGGAACACUCGCCCUCUGCUGGUUGCCUAAUCAAGUCCUCCGCAUCAUGGCAGCCAGCACUCCAAAAUACGAAUGGUCUGUCAAGUACUUCCACAUCUACAUGACACUACUCCCAGUAGCAGAUACUUUCUUCUACCUGAGCUCUGUGGUUAACCCCCUUUUAUACAACAUCUCUUCCAAGCAAUUCCGAGCCGUCUUCAUGCAAGUCCUGCGUUGCCACCUCACCAUUGAACAUGUCAACAAGGAAAGGCUUUUAAGAGCCCAUCAAAUCUCGGCCAAAAACAGCACCAGCUCAAAGCGCCCCCUCAUCCUCAUGUCUAUAAGAAGGAGCCUCUCUGGAAGGAAGACUAAAGAGAAGACAUUUAGUACUUUCCAAACUGCCAGUGCCUGUAACAUACCACUAAGUAGCCAGGAAGCCAGUGAGGCCGAAAGGGAAAUGAAGGUGCAAAGGAGCGGCAGUAAAACAUCGACACAAAAUGGUCUGUGUGAGAGUGAAAUCUGAGCUGAAAUAAUAACAAUAAAAUACACAGGGAA